GGCUCACACUGAAAGCCCCCCCCCCUUUUUUUAUUGUCACCAUUAGCAAGGACAACUGCUAACACUCACAGUACCAGCUCAAAUUCACUGGCCUUUAUCACUGAUUAUCUUCCCCAUCACAGUCUGCUUUACAAACGGCAGGUACCCAGAUUUUUUGGAUACUUAUUUUAUCCCUAGUAACUUGUUUAGGGCCUUAAUGUAAAAUAAGCCAAAGUAGUAAUUAUAGGAUUGAAUUAAAAUCCUGAGUAUUCAGGCAAGCUGUGGAAUGUGUCAUUGGAAUUCACAUGGGUGUCAUUCAGAUAGUCUUACUGGAGGAAAUUGAGAUGGGAAAAGAAAAAAUCGAUUAAGUACCUCUUUGGUGCAGGCCCUAGAACAUACUGAAGUAUUACCCUCCCCCAGUGUCCUGCAGUGACUCAUUGUUGUUGUUUGUAUUUCUGCUCUGCUUUUUUAGUUUCAUUUCCACUCCUAGAAUUUGACUUUCGUUUCUCAUUCCCCUCCCGUGGGGCCACUCCUCUGCAGAGCGCUAGUCCCUGGCUUGGUGAGUGAGUCUCCACCUGACCUCCACCUGAUCUCUCCACUGAGUGAAGACUCCUGCACUUUUCCAGAAGGUGUGUGGGGCAACUUCUGAUGCCAAAGGGCAGGAGGCUUUGGGUAACAGAUUGAAUGUGUUUGGGCAGAAAAUCCCUUCCUCCUCUUCUCCAGUGAAGCCUGUGAGAUGGAGCUCUGUUUCCCGCUUCAUAAAGCCAAGGUGUCUCUGGGGAGUGAGUUAGAGGUCAUGGGAAGACUCUGAGUGGGACAGGCCUGCAGGAGUUUGUGAGCAAGAGGAGCCUCAGCGGAGCAAGGCCAUGGAUUUUCCAGCACAAUUGAACAUAGCGGAGGAGCUGACCUGCCCCAUGUGCCUGCAGCUCCUGACAGAACCCCUGAGCCUGGACUGUGGCCACAGCUUCUGCCAAGCUUGCAUCACUGCAAACAAUGAGUCCGUGAGCGCCCCAGGAGGGGAAUGCCACUGUCCUGUGUGCCAGAGCAGAUACCAGCCUUGGAACCUGUGUCCUAAUCUGCAGCUGGCCAACAUAGUGAAGAAACUCAUGGAGGUCAAGACGACGUCACAACAGUGGCAGGGGGCAGAUCUCUGUGAGCAGCACGGGGAAAACCGCCUUAUCUUCUGUAAGGAGGAUGGGAAGGCCAUUUGCAAGCUUUGUGUGCUGUCUGUGGAGCAUCAUGGUCACCAAAUGUUCCCCAUUGAACAAGUGGCCCAGGAAUGUCAGGAGAAGCUACAGGAAGCUCUGAAGAGGCUGACAGAGGAGGAGCAGGAAGCUGAGAAGUUAGAAGCUGACAUCAGUGACGAGAGAGCUACCUGGAAGAAUCAUAUGCAGACUGAGAGACAGAAGAUUCUGGAAGGGUUUGAUGAAAUGAGAGGCAUCUUGGACCGGGAGCAGCAGAGGGAGCUGCAAAAGCUGGAGGAUGAUGAAGUGAAUGUGCUGGAUAACUUGGCAGUGGCUAAAGAUCAGGUGGCCCAGCAGAGACAGUACAUGGGAGAGCUCAUCUUGGAUCUCCAGCAUCAGAUAUGGGGGUCAUCAAUAGACACGCUGCAGGAUGUGAUUAACGUCAUAAGAAGGAGCGAGAGCUGGACCUUGAAGAAGCCAAAAAUUGUUUCCAAGAAACUGAAGAGUGCAUUCCGAGCUCCAGAUCUGGGCAGGAUUCUACAAUUGUUUAAAGAGCUGACAGAAGUCCAAAGCUACUGGGUGGACUUCAAGCUGAAUCCAGUCAACAGUCCUUCAGCUGGUCUCAUUUCUGAAGAUCAAAGACAAGUGACAGUUGAGAAGAGUUUUAUGUUUAAGAAUGUAUAUCCAUGCAACCCUUCUUCUUUUGAUGUCUUGGGUUGCCAAAAUUUCUCCUCAGGGAAAUAUUACUGGGAAGUAGAUGUGUCUGGGAAGAGAGCCUGGAUCCUGGGGGUAUUCAGUAACAUAAGCAACUUCAAUACAAAAAAGAGCUCUGGGUUUGUUUUUAACCCAAAUGUAAAUUAUCAAAAUAUUUACUCCAGAUUCAGACCUGAAAAUGGCUACUGGGUUGUAGGAUUACAGAAUGAAUCUGAGUAUAAUGCCUUUGAGGACUCUUCCACCGCUGAUCCCAAGGUCUUAACUCUUUUUAUGGCUGUUCCUCCCUGUCGUGUUGGAGUUUUCCUAGACUAUGAAGCAGGCACUCUCUCAUUUUUUAACAUCACAAACCACGGGUCACUCAUCUACAAGUUCUCUAAAUGUCGUUUUCCUCCGACUGUUUAUCCGUAUUUCAAUCCUUGGAACUGUCCAGCUCCCAUGACUCUGUGCCAGCCCAACUCCUGAACCUUUUCAUUCCCUCACCCACUUGCAGCAUCCCUGUCCCAGUGUCAUCUGUACCCUUCAUACCAUCUCUUCCUUGCUGUCUCUUUUUUAGAACUUUUCCUCAUCCUUGGGAUCUGCACUGUUUCUGGCUUGAGUUAGGAGAGGAGCUCAUUUACCCAUUUUCGUAUUCUCAGAAAAAGACCAGAGUCCCUCCUAAAGACAGAGCAGUAUUAGUAUAACAUUUUUGCCCUUUCAUUUAUUCAUAUUUUCUUUUAUCACUGACUUGAUAAGACACGGCAAAACCUGUCUUCCACCACCCAUGACCCUAGGACAGUUCAUGAUAAUCCCUAUUCACCACCAAGAACUAAGGAGCCUUUAAGUGUAUGUUGGUUUGUUGCCCAGGAUAUAGUGUGUUCAUUAGAGAGUCAAGGAAAGUAAAACAAAAGUAAUAUAUGUACCCAGAGUGAAAAUUCUGUGUUCAAAGUGUUUAAGUUUAAAUCCUGUCUUUUCUCUUAUAAGCUGUAUAAUGACGAAGAAACUACAGGUUUAUUUUUCCCAAAAUAGAAAUUGAGAUUUAAAACUGUACCUAACUCUUAAGAUCAUUGCUACUCAAUGGAAAGUACCUACUUAAGUGUCCUUCACAAUAUAAUAAAUAUUUGCUCUCAUGAUUACUGAAAA